CAACCAACAUUUUGGCGCUAAUUUUCACCACUCUAAUCGUUUGUAUUGUUUUAACGGGUAUAUAAAAGUGUCUAGUAAAACUUUUGUUGGUUUAAUGGUCAUGAAUAUAACUAAAUAACUCAUUAAGAUGAGUAACAGUAACAAUAAUACAUAAUUUGACUUAAGAAGUUAUAAAAGAGUUAAGCUGAACCACAGUAACGCUAGGUAUUGUAACCUCAAGUAACAAUAAGUACCUUAAGUAGUAAUAAGGUUUCUAGUAAGUCUUACUAUUCCCAAGUGUUCUUUAAGAGUACUAAGUAAAUGUUUUAUACCACUUAACAUGCCUAAAAACUUAAUAUUACUUAAGAAGGUAUGAAGGUUAUAGUCACAACCAUCAUAGAACCUACUCUUAUAUAAAUUCAAGUAACGCAAAACACUUAAAGUAAUAUUAUAGUUUCUAAUAACUCUUUCUACCGACAAAAGCUCUUGAAAAUAGUUGACAAAAUAUUUUUAUCACCUAAAUUGCUACAAAAGAAGUAAUUGGAACUUAUUUACAGCAAUUUAAUUUAGAAAUAAGAAACCACUAUAUAUGAUAUUAGUUGGUAUUAUGGAGUUAUUUUUAGAGCCCUGUUCUUUACAACGGUGUUCGAAUUAACUUUUAUGUUGUUCUAAGUAAUAUGAAAAUACAAUUUAAACGUUGUAACUUUUAUUUUCACUUGAAAUUAUAAAACAUAUAAAAUAUUACGUACUUUUAUAGCUGUAUAAUGUCUCUAACUUCAAAAUUGUGUAUAUGUGUGUAGUCUGAUUUGCUCUCAAGACUGUUUGCUCUUGCUUGCUUGAUUUUUGCUAUGAGUUCGUGGAAAAAACGAAAAAGAUGUGGAGGAGUCAAAAGAAAAAUAUCAAACGAAUACAAAUUAAUAAUCAGAUCAAAUCAAUCAGUGUCAUCCUGCGAUAAAACCACCAAACUGCAAACAGUGACCAUUGAUGCAGUUCAGCAUCAUAGUUCUUCGUUGAAGAGAAGUAUUGAUGACGCUAGUCUGGGUUGUAGUAGUUUUUGCAACGAAUAUGUUCAUCCAGCGCAGCUUAAAUGCCAAAGAAAAUGUUCGUACUGUCGUAGAAACUCCAUCGAAAAUGUCGGUCAAGUGCGGGAAUUUCAACAAGGUUCCGUACAGGUUUUUUAUUUAUUUUGGUGAGUACUUUAUAGGUGAUUAUAAUAGCAAAUAAUUUUAUUUUUCACAGGACUAGAAAAUCAUACUAUGUAUGUGAGCAGUAAACAUGGUGAAACGCAAGAUAUUGAACAGGGUUCUGUACAGCAAGAGCUUAAUUUUACAGAAGAGGGUUCUGUAGAGCAAGAAUUUAAUUUUACAGGAGAGGGUUCGGUACAGCGUGAAUUUAAUUUUACAGAAGAUGCCUCUUUAUCUACUUAUCCUCUUAGUAGUUCUCAUAGCUCAGAUGAAGAGGAAGAAAGCGAAUAUAUAAAAAAUUCGAAUUUUAAAAAUGACAUAAGAAUAUGGGCGAUAGAAAAAAAUAUUAGUCAAGCUGCCUUCAAAGACUUGAUAUCAAUUUUGAAUAAAAGAUUUGUAGAUAUUUUACCAUCUGAUCCUCGUACGAUUCUGCAAACUCCAACACAAAUAUGUCUCAAAAGUAUCGACGGUGGUGAAUAUUGGCACAACGGAAUCAUUAUUCCACUGACAAAAAUACUUCAUAAUUUGGAGUUUGUGCCCGAAAAUGUAUAUUUGAAUGUUAAUUUAGAUGGGUUACCUAUUUUCAAAAGCUCUAAAUUUGAAUUCUGGCCUAUAUUGGCAAAUAUGCACGAGAUUGAUGAUGACCCGUUCAUUAUUGGUAUUUAUUAUGGAAAAGGAAAACCGAAAAAUUUAAAUCUUUUUUUAGAAGAUUUUGUGAAUGAGAGUAUUACAGUUUUACAGCAAGGCGUUUGUGUAAACGGCAUUAAAGUAAACAUCAAAAUAAGAUGUUUUAUAUGUGAUUCCCCUGCUCGCGCUUUUAUCAAAGGUGUUUGCAAUUUCAAUGGAAAGCACGGUUGUCUAAAAUGCACUACAGUAGGAAAUUACUCGCAUAAUACCCAUACAGUAGUAUUUUCGUCAAAAAUAUCUCCUCCAAGGACUGAUGAAGAUUUUAGAGAAUUGAAGUAUGGUGCCCAUCAUAAAAUAGAUUCACCAUUAUUAAAACUACCUAUUGACAUGGUUGAACAAUUUCCAGUAUCAGACUCGUUGCAUUUGAUUCAUUUGGGCAUUAUGAAAAGGCUACUUACGGGAUGGAAGGACGGCAAUUUCUUCAAAUUAAAGACUAAGUGGUGUGCACGAGAUAUUGAUCAUGUUAAUCUAUUUCUCGGUAAGUGUAAGUUGCCUUCUGAAAUUCAUAGAGCAGUAAGAACUCUAGAUUGCAUAUCAUACUGGAAAGCAACCGAAUACCGAACAUUCCUUCACUAUUUGAGUUUAAUAAUUUUGCAGGAAGUCUUACCAUCAGACGCAUAUCAUCACUUCUUGAGCCUGUUUUGCAGCGUCACAAUUUGUUAUUCUCCAAAAUACAACCAUUUACUUCGGUUAACUAAAGAAAUGUUUGAAUAUUUCGUAGAAAAUUAUAAACACUUUUAUGGUGCCGAUUAUAUUACAAGCAACGUGCAUAAUUUACUACAUGUUGCAGAUGAAGUUGAAAGAUUUGGCCCGUUGCCAACAUUCGAUGCAUACCCUUUUGAAAAUAAACUUUAUUUAAUAAAAAAAAUGCUAAGACAUGGAAACAAACCACUGUCUCAAGUAGCCAAAAGGCUAUCAGAACAAAAUAUAAAUUCAAAAUCACUGAAAACAAAAUGCUCGUAUGAAAAGCCUUUUUUAUCGAGACUUAGUGACACUGAGGUGCUUAACUUUGAGCAUUUUAUAAUUUCUUGUAAAGAGAGGAAUAAAUAUUUUCUAUCAUCAACUGAUGAUAUUAUUGAAGUCCUAAAUAUAUCAAUUAACGCUAAAAAGAUAAAUAUACAAGGUAAAAAACUUAUGGGGAAAAUGCUAGUAUUUGAAAAACCUCUUCGGUCAUCGUUUCUAAAUAUCUACAAAGUCUGCGAAAUAAGCUUAGAGAAAAUUGAUAUCGUUCUGAGCCCUGAUGAUGUAAACUGUAAACUAGUGUGUAUUGUCCACGGCGGAUUCCUGUAUUUUAUACCACUUUUACAUACUUUAUAAUUUGAAUUAUAGUGUG